AUGAAGGAGGCAUUUGUGGACAAGAAUAUCUUACUGACGGUUCGAGACACCGAUAUACCCGUCCCUGAAGCUGGCCAGGUCCUUAUUCGGGUGGUUGUUUCUGGCACCAAUCCUAAGGACUGGAAGAUCCCUCUCUGGUGGCCAACAGACGGGACCCCCACCAAUCAAGGAGAUGAUAUCGCCGGAUACAUCGAGGCAGUGGGGGAGGGCGUGAUGGGAUUCCAUAAGGGCGACAGGGUCGCUGCGUUUCAUCAAGUGAUGAAACCUCAUGGCAGCUACGCCGAGUAUGCGAUCGCGCCCGAUUACACGACCUUCCAUAUUCCUGCUAAAACUAGAUUUGAAGGUGAGCCUGUUUCCGGUCAAAAGGGUUUCACUGCAGCUAAUAUAGAGACGCGGCCAGAGGCGGCCACUAUUCCGCUAGCUGCUAUGACGGCCGCACUCGGCCUUUAUCAGCGCUUGAAGCUGCCUCUGCCCUGGAAUCCGACCACUGAGCCUCUGCCUUUAAUUGUAUAUGGUGGCGCGACCGCGGUUGGAGCCUUUGCGAUCAAAUUUGCCCAGCUUUCUAAUAUCCACCCGCUUAUCACCGUAGCUGGUAAAGGCAGCGCCUUCGUCGAAACUCUCAUCGAUCGCGAGAAGGGUGACACGAUAAUCGACUAUCGUGAAGGUGACGAGGUCGUUCAGGCAAGGAUCAAGGAAGCAGCUGGUGGGCGAUCGAUACACUACGCGUACGAUGCGGUGGGCGAACAUGGAAGUCAUCAGAACGUCGGCGCGGUAAUGACCGCGCCUGGGGAGAUCACUACCGUGCUAUCUAGCGAUGACUACCAGCCCCCCGAGGGUAUUAUCCUGGGCUCAACUAUGGCUGGAUCAGUUCACAUGCCUCCGGCGGCAGGUAAGACAGUCGAGGAUAACGAGUUUGGCGCUGCUUUCUUCCAAUUUAUUGGCCGUGGCUUGGCGCAGGGCUGGUUCUCGGGACACCCGUAUGAAGUGCGCCCAGGUGGGCUAGCUGGGCUUGAAGGCGCGCUGCAGGAUCUUAAGGCGGGCAGGGCGUCUGCUAUUAAGUACGUGGUGCGUAUUGGCGAGACGGAAGGGGUGAUAUAG